UCAACCCACUCUUUACUUUACGAACAACUCCUCAUACAUUCAACUUUACCACUACCAACCAAUCCAAUACUUAGUAACAAUGUCCGACGCCGGCCGACAAGAUUUCACCGAUAAAAUUGGGGACGCGGUUAAACCUAAUUCCGAGAAAACCUAUCUCGAACAAGCGCAGGACACCAUUAAGGGUGCUCUUGACAGUGUGGCAUCCGCCGUGCAGCCCCAGAAAGAGAAAAGCACCACUCAGAAAGUUGGAGACGCGCUCACUGGCGAUAACACGAACAAAAACAUUGCCUAGAAUGUACAAUUGUCUCUGAUGUAGCAGCCUGGAAUGCACAUAUGAAUGGAAGAGUGCGUGUGUG